CACUACCCCACAUCCAACGCCACUCGAAUUCCCCACCGCCGCCGCCGCCGCCGCCGCCCGCCGUCGCGGCGUCAUGCUCCUCCUCCGACAGCGCGUCCUCUCCCAUCUCCUCUCCGGCGCGCCCUCUCCUUCCACCUCCCCACUCCUCUCCCUCCACCGCCUCCUCUCCACCACCGCCGCGCCCGCCGUUUCCACCAACCCUAGCUUCGCCGUGGAGGAGUACCUCGUCUCCACCUGCGGCCUCACCCGUGCCCAGGUACUCAAGGCCUCCGCCAGGCUCUCCCACCUCAAGUCCCCCGCCAACCCCGACGCCGUCCUCUCCUUCCUCUCCGGCGCUGAUGUCGCGGCCGUCGUCGCCAAGGACCCGCGGUUCCUCUGCGCCAAAGUGGAGAGAACCCUGGCCCCAAUCGUCGACGGGCUCACCGGCCUCGGUCUGUCGCGUUCUGAAAUCGCGCGACUCGUCUCGCUCGCCCCGUGCAAAUUGAGCCAUAGAUCCGUCGUCUCCAAGGUAGAGUAUUACCUGCCGCUCUUCGGCUCCAUCGACAACUUGCUCCGGCCCCUCAAACACGGCUCCGGCUUCCUCGGCUCCCACCUCGAGAGGGUGGUCAAGCCCAAUGUCAAUCUCCUAGCAUAGUGCGCAGCUGUUUGUGAUAUUGCCAAGCUGUUCAUCCGUGAGCCAAGGAUGAUUAGCGCCAAACCAGGGCGUGUCCUGGCGAUGGUUGCGUGCACAGAACGUCUAGGUGUGCCCCGUGGCUCUGGAAUGUUCAGGCAAGCGCUGCACACCGUCUCAUGCUUCAGCGAGGACAAGAUCGCUGCCAAAGUGGACUACUUGAAGAGGACACUUAGGUGGUCAGAUACCGAGGUUGGCAUUGCUGUGUCCAAGGCUCCGGUUUUGCUGACAAGAUCAAAUGGCGUGCUGCAGCGUAUGUCAGACUUCCUAAUCUCUGAGGUGGGAUUGGAGCCGGCCUACAUUGCUCGUUGCCCCGCUAUGCUCACUUACAGCCUGGAGGGACGGCUCAGGCCCCGCUACUAUGUUAUGAGGUUUCUUAAGGAAAGUGGAUUGCUAAAUCAUGACAGAGACUACUAUAGUAUGGUGGUGGUCGGUGAGAAGGUAUUUGUCGAGAAGUUCAUAUGCCCUCAGAAGCAAGCUGCACCACACCUUGCUGAAGACUAUGCAGCUGCUUGCACAGGGCAGGUGCCUGCUACAUUCACAUUUACAUGAACCAAGAAGUAGGAAAAUGGAUUGCUAGAGCGCGAGUGGAGCUACUAUUCAGCAGUCUUGGUGACAAAGAAGAUUUUCAUGGAAAAGUUCGUAUGCCCUCACGAGGAAGCUGCCCCCACCUCGCGGAAGACUAUGCUGCCACUUGUAGGGAAGUGCCUUCUAAUUUCAGAAUUACAUGACCAAGAACGGGCCAUGAGAAUUUGUAACUGCGUAUGGUGCAAAAAAGUUCACCCUGUGUGUAGUGAGCUGGUAAUCUCUGUCUGUGUGCCUGAGUGGAUGUUGGUUGUCUGCUAUAAUAUGUCAGAUAUACAUGCUAAUUUAGCGUCGCUAGUCCUGAAUGAAACAGGUAAUUUUAUCGUGA